CGCAACGUUUAGUUUCUCACGAGCGGUCUUUUGGUUAAAACGUUGCUUUCUUGUCGGGUGGAUGGUGGCGCAUGCGCACAACACUUCAUCACUGAUCCAUUGGGAUUUAUAAAUACAUAUAAAGUGAACAAAAACAAAAACAAAUACAAGUAAUAAUAAUAAUUGUAAUCGACUAGUUUGUGCCAUUCAUAAAUCUUGAUUAAUAAACGAAAUUGAAAACGAAUGCAUCUGUGCACUAACGUACAAACAUACUCACUUGCGAUAUAUAUAUAUUAUAUAUUAUAUAAAUAUCUACGACUUUAAUAUAAUUGUGUUCAGUUGAAAAUUCAGUGCCAAAGAGUUAAUAAAUCGAAUUGUUGGAGUUUAUAAUUUAAGAAUCUUUAAAGAAGCUGACUUUUUUUGUUGUUGAAUGUUGAAUGCAAUUUUCGUAUUUUCAUUUGUGAGCAAACACCAACAGCUGUUAGUGCUGCCUACACCGUACGCGAGAAGUUUUACGGCUCACCUGGUGGGUGGCAGUGUAAAAACGAAAGGUGGAGAGCACAACAACGGAAAAUACUGGUUAGAAUUGAAAACAUUUGUGCAUUAAAAACUAAAAACAAAUACAAAAACAGAAACAAAAACAAAUAUAUGUACGUGCAUCUAAUUCUUCAAGACGUUUAGCAAAUAAAAAGCGAGGCAAUCUGAAAAACUGGUAGCGAAAACUAGAAUUUCUGUGACAUUUUUUUAUGUGCAACAAAAAGUCACACAAAGCCAUACAUACAUACAUAUGUGUUUAAAUAAGUGCAAUUGAAGAAAAUAUUUGCAAAUCGAUUUAGUCCAAAGUAAGAAGUAAUUAACAAAUUGCAGUGACUUUGAAGGAGAAUUUCGCGCGCGCGUGUGUGUGCGCGCAGCUUAGAACAUCACAAGUGCAGUUAAUGCAUUGAGCAAACAAAACAAUUGCUUCAUACAUACAGAUAUACAUACUCGUAUAUGCUUGAGAUAGCGACGCGUGUGCGCGUCAAAGUGAAAAUAUUUGCAGUGAAACGCGAUUCUGCGUCAACUAUUUGUGCGCCAACUUGCAGCAUUUGCACUUCCGCUCCACGCGACACCGCAACGCCGCACCGUCAGAAGAACACUCAGCCGCGACGCCCACCUGUUUUGCCGUUCAGUUGCGCCCUCAUACAUACACAUACAUAUUUUUGAAGGCGAACGAAGCUUGGUCUGCCGUCUAUUGGCACGAAAAUCUGCAACACUUGACUCGACAACCUCUAGAUGCGCGCGGUCAGCACGUACAUAACGCACCCAAUUACAAUGACAUGAAUGCAUUCGACAAUUGCGCCCACAAACGAGCACUGUGUCUGAAUACACGCAUACACACACACUUACUCGUGCCUACAUACGAAGCAUAGAUUUUCUGCAGAAAGCGCAACGAUUUCCAUAAAAUUGCUUGCUGCCAUUGCAUUGCUUGUAAUAUUGGUGAGGGCGUUCGAAUGAAAUUACUCAGGUACCGUUAGAUGUUUCAAGCCCAAACGCCAAACACCAAACCUCAGGAAAGUAAAAGAAAGCACACACAACCAAAAUCGUCGAACCCAUUUAGUAACUCAAUCAGUCUGCCAACAAUAAAGCAAACGAGAAGCGGCGGACAUUAGUCGCAUAGUCAAAAUGGACUCACGCAUCGGACUGGAUUACAUUGUCGAGAAUCGUGAAUAUAUUUCGAAAUUGGGCACUGCACUGGACACCAGUAAUGCCGUCGUCAAGAAGCAAGUUUUCGAACUGUUAUCCGCGCUGUGCGCCUACAACGCCGAUGGCUACGCACGCGCUAUUGAAACGCUAGAAUUUUACAAGAAUCUCAAAAAUGAACGUUAUCGUUUCAAAAUCGUUAUAAACGAACUGGAGAAAGCGUCCAAUGUUGAAUACCAAGUUGCCUUAUUGGCAUUCAUCAAUUGCGUGAUUAUAUCAGCAUCCAAUUUACAAGAUCGUAUUCGAGUACGCAAUGAAUUUAUCGGUUUGAAAGUAUUACCGCUAUUAAAUAAUUUAAGGAAAGUCGCACAGAGUGUGGGAGAUAUUAUAGUGCAAUUGGACGUAUUCGACGAACAGCGAGAAUGCGACGAAGCUCAGAGUCUACAGGGCCCAAGUGGCAUCAACUUGAAUUCGCAUCUUGAUGUAUUCUAUGCGAUAUUGCGACAGGUGGCCGAUACGCCACAGGAAGUGCCAUUCCUAAGUAUACUACAACAUUUACUACGCAUUGAUCCCAAAGAGGCAAUCAGCGAUGUGAUCUGGGACACAACCGAGAAGUUGGUACAUCGUGCCACACUGCUCGAGAGUCAUGAGGACUCAGUGAGGCUACUGCGUUCGCCAAGCGUACAAAAAUUCUCCUGUCCACAUUGUCGUGGUGACGCCACGAGUCCAAGUCGCAAAAACGCCGCCUCACUCUCUACCUCAGUCUCGUCACAGCUGCAUAAUGGACCGUUAUCCCCGAUUUCAUCACCACCACCACCGCCGUUACUACCCUCAACAUCGACGCCGGUAUAUAGUCAGGCAACAUCAGCGCCACCAGCACCUCCACCGCCCAUUCCGCCACCUCCAAUGAAUGGUCCAAUUAGCAGUGGUGCGCCACCACCACCUCCCCCGCCAAUUAUGAAUGGCAACUGUUUUGUAGCGCCACCUGCACCACCACCCGUACCUGGCGCUCCACCACCGGCACCACAACCACCAGGCUCGGCCGGCAAUUUGCGCAGCAAUCACACGAACUCCAUACGACCCGUCACACCGGACUUGAGCAUUAACGGUCACAAUAUGAUCUUGCUACCACAACAAGACACACCAGCUCCCAAGUCGAAGAUGAAAACCAUCAAUUGGGGUAAAAUUCCGCCGAAUCGCGUCAUCGGCAAGCAGAAUAUAUGGACCAUUGUGGCCAAUAAUCAUCAGGACACACCAAUGACCGACAUUGAUUGGAAUGAAAUGGAAGGACUAUUCUGUCUGCAAUCGACCAGCGCCCAAGGCUCACCGAAACUGGGCCGUGAGAGUAGCAGUAGCUCGGGCUAUGAUACCCUCGACCGCAAAUCUAAGAAGGAGAGCACUGAAAUAUCGUUGCUCGACGGCAAACGCAGUCUGAACGUAAACAUCUUCCUCAAACAAUUCCGAAGUUCGAAUGAAGACAUCAUACAACUGAUAAGAGAUGGAGAGCACGAUGACAUUGGUGCGGAAAAGCUACGAGGCUUAUUGAAAAUUCUACCGGAAGUCGAUGAAUUGGAUAUGCUAAAAACCUUCAAUGGUGAUAAAGGUCGACUGGGAAAUGCCGAAAAGUUUCUGCUACAGCUUUUGGAAGUACCAAAUUAUAAAUUGCGUAUUGAAAGCAUGCUGCUGAAAGAAGAAUUUGCCGCAAAUAUAAGUUAUCUGGACCCAUGCAUCAACGCAAUGAUUUAUGCGGGCGGAGAUCUUAUGAACAACGAAAUGCUGCAAGAAGUGCUGUAUAUGGUAGUUAUCGCUGGUAACUUCCUCAACUCGGGCGGCUAUGCCGGCAAUGCGGCUGGCGUCAAACUCUCGUCGCUGCAAAAGCUCACCGACAUACGCGCCAACAAGCCGGGAAUCAAUCUCAUACACUUUGUGGCAAUGCAGGCGGAGAAACGCAAUCCGGAGCUGCUAACAUUCCCCGCACAAUUGACCGCACUGGAAAAUGCAGCCAGAACAACUGUCGAACAAAUAAACAACGAGAUUAAUGCGCUGGAUUUACGAAUACGUAAAAUCAAGCGGCAGAUAGAACAACCCACAACGGAGGAUGAAAUCAAAGCGCAAAUGUUGGAGUUCUUAGAGGGCGCCGAACGCGAGGUGGCUGCGCUGCAGGCGAAUAUGAAAGAAGUCGAAGCGAUGCGCUUGAAACUAGCCGAUUUCUUUUGCGAGGAUGCGGCGCAUUUCAAAUUGGAGGAGUGUUUCAAAGUAUUCCAAUCAUUCUGUGAUAAAUUUAAGCAGGCUGUGAAAGAAAACGAGCGCCGCCAGCAAUUGGAGGAGCAGGCGACGCUCAGGCGUAAACAACGUGAAGAGCAGCUCGCCAGACGCGCUAGACAAGUUAGCCAAUGUGGCACACCAGUCUCCGAUUCGGAAAAUCAAUGUAGCAUUGAGAAAAUGUUUGACACCCCUGAGGGUAUUUCGCCGUGCAUAACGCCGAAUGGUAGCAUGCGAAAGAGGCGGCCAAGUCGUGUUUUACCAGAGGAAGAUGAUCUUAUGGAGUUUCUGCGCACUUCCGGGCAUGAGCAUAUAAGCAGAGAUCGAAAGGCAUAUGGAAGUUUGGAUCGGUCUUGGGCACGUCGUGCACGUUCUGGAAGUUCCAGUCGAAAACGUCCCGAACUCUUGAACGUGGACUUCAGUGAUGACCGUGAACGUGCCAGUUCACCAGCUCCGAUGCUAAAUAUGGACAAGAAAUCGCCAACUUCACCACAAGGAGGCGGCACUACACCUUCCCCCACGCAGCAAACCGGCGAGGAUACGAAACCGAGAAUAUCCCGUGAAUUUCGACAAAAAAUCGAAAACUGGCUGCAGUCCAACGAGAACGAUGAAAAGCAAAACGAAGAAUUCAAACGCAAGCGUCGUUUGGUUAACAGUAAUAGGCGUUCGUUUGAAAACGAAACAGAUAGCGAACGAAAAUUGGAUACUCUGCCUGAGGAGAAAAUCGUGCCUACCACACCAACCGCAACCACGAACUCUACUAAUACCCAAAAUUUCAACAAAAUUACUACCAACACUAACAACAACAACAAUAAUAAUAAUAAUGGUAACAGUAACAGUAAUAACUGUAAUAAUAACAAUAAUAACAAUGCGAAUAACUAUAAACGAGUCUAUCCCGACUGGAAACCAUCCAACACGCUGGAACACACCGAUGUUGUGGGCACUAUACAAGCAAUUGCUGAUGUAAGUAAUGCCAGAGAUAAAGCGCACUGGCGCAAGGGUAACCGAGGUAAUGAACCACUCGAAACUGGUGCAGCUGAGGCACAGGAACAAUCACCGAAAAGCCAUCAUGUUACAACAGCUGAUGAGUUGCGAGAAUAUAGGCGACAACGUUCGCUAGAGAACGCAGAAAAGCGUGCCACGGCACUGAAAUCCAUCGAGGAAGAGGAUCGACGAAGAUCGUAUAUAAAGCAACUUGGUAACGAGGAUGUAGACGAUCGCUUGCAUAUUUACAUACGUAAGCCAUCGGCUAAAGAGACCGUUGAAAUAACAGAAAAAACUUUGUCACAAGAUUCGGGUGUUUUGCAAUCAAACACUCCAGCUGCAAUAGUUUCACUGACAAAAUCAAAAGGCGAUACCAAAGCAAAUCUAGAUAAUAUAGAAUCAUCACAUAGAGUGCCAUCAAAUAGGACACCGAGUAGUGAGAGUAUUAUAAAAGUGGAAGACGAUAGAUUUAAUCCACAUAACAGUAUGCGUCGAAGUCACAAUGAGAAAUAUAGUCGCAAAGAGAUUGACGCUGACAAUGUGGAAACACCACCGGUCACACGACGAGUCAUCGCCACACCAAAUAAGACUUUGGUCACUAUUAAUGGGUUGGAUAAGGUGAAUAGCAAUCCACAUGGUGAACAGCAAAGCAAUCAGGAGCCCAAUGAUCAGGAUAUACCAGGGUUCUUUGAUCGUUACUCAGCCACAAGGCGAACAAGGCGUUAUAAACGUCCCACGGAUUACAGCAGCGGCAACGAGGAGUUUUUAUCAACAAAAGACAGUGAAUCAAGUAAUGUACGACAAUCAUCAAGCGCUGGUGACAUGGACAGACUGCAUGGAAAAGCGCAGGAUACGUCCAAUCAAAGUAAGACUACAGUGGAAAAACUUGUACUGGAGCAACCGACACAAAUCACACCGAAACCGAUCACAGAGCGCACAAUUACCAAACUAGAGAAAGUCGGACGUCACAUAAGCUCCAUUAAUCAAGAAGAUGUACAAGAAGCCAUAAGGAAUCUCAAAUCGCCAACCAACACACCGGAUCGAAUAUGGAGUCCGCCACGUGACAUCAUCGGUUCACAUAUAACCAACGCACCCAUGCAAAACCCCACACCCACUAUUCAAGGCUCUACUGUCAUUAAAUUAUCCAACCAUGAACUCAACGACGAAGGAUUCGAAGAAACACAAAGCCUCGUAUCAGACACACCCUCACAAGGCAAAGAGAGCACGAAUUCAUCGUGCAAUGGCGUAUCUGAGCUCGUAACACCACGCUCACGCGCCACAGUGACAAAGUCCACAACGCAGAAGUCCAACACCUCAAAGCCGAACACAAGUCGGCUUGCCGAUCGCCUGCAAAUAUCAAAGCUACGAAAUGUGUUACCACAAAAGUCCCAACCCGCAAACCAACAACAAACCGCCCCCUCGCGCCGACCACCUAACUCAACACAAAUGGAUCGCACACGUUCAUUCCGUACGCCCACUGGACCAGCCGUCGUACAACCCGUAUUCGGUGGUGGCAGCACUGCAGCGCGGCGUUCACAUUCUAUGCGUCGCCCUGGCAGCAGCCAGCAAGAUGCAGUUCAAAGUGUCCACACCUCACCAAUACAUGCAGUGCGUCGCGAUGUCGAACGCAGCAGCUCAAGGAAUAGCCUGCGGUCCUCACGCUCGUCCAUCAACAGCGGCGCCUCCACAAAUACGGUGAGACGCAUGCCGAUUGUGGUGAGCAAGACACCGCUUCAAACAGUGUCGGUCGAUUCAUCGCCCAGCAAGCGCCCGCUAACGAUGCAGAACAACGUACCACCGCAUAUGCGUGUCGGCAGUGGUACGUCCGCCAGCCGCACACCGGUGCCAGCUAGUCGCAGUAGCAGCAGUGGCUCCAGCAUAGGACAGCACGUGGUGGUGGUGCGCAAAGUUACGGGCAAUAGUAACGGUGGCGGCGGCGCCAGUAGUGGGCAGCGCACUGUGCAUUUGGGCAGUGCGAGUUUUAAGGAGAACCAAACCAGCAGCGCGCCAACGCGCACAAAUGUCGCACGCAGUGCUGUUCUAGUCAAAGCGGCCAUGACACAACAGGCCGCGCCGCAGACGACGCACACGCGCACAGGCAGCAGCAUCAGAAGCAAUUCAAACAACCGUGGCAUGAGCAGUUUCAUGCGACCGACGGCGUCAAGCGCCACCAAGAGAACCAAAUAGCAACGCUAGAGAGUGAAGCAGUGGACUUUUUAUUACUUUAUACAAAUGUGUACAUAUGUAAAAGGAUGUAUGCAAUAGGGAUGACUGCAUUUUAAUUUCCAAUUAUAAGCAAUACGUUUCCUUAUUGGCUCUUUUCUUUACCUUACUUAAUGUAAUACCACAGACACUUGGUGUUCCCAAGAAUAAUAAUGAUUUACAUUUUGGAUUUACACAAAUCACUUGGUUUCUGAAAGGAAUUGCAAUGUGGACAUCCCUAGUCCGUACUCCAACAAAACUCCCAUAUCCGAUCCUUAAAAUUUUCUAACACGAAAAUGAACUACGCGAAGAUAAAAAUAUUUUCUAUGGAACAAAAGAGAAAACAUGAUGCAAAUGUAUUUAUUUUAUAACAUGUAGGCAGUUACCGUUGCUAAAACCCAAUGAAAAUCAGUUUCUAAGACACUUGUAUACGUACAUAUAUAUAUAUAUCAAUAUAUAUAUUUAUAAAUUUUAACAUUCCGUCAUUGAAUAUUUCCCACACGCCUUUGAGGGGCACACAAAAAUAUAAAAUGAAUACAUACUUAUACAGCAUACUGUAAUGUCUCGUAUGCAGCAACUUUCAAGCCGUCCGCAUAACUCGAAUUUGAAGCACAUAUUUGACACUAAACGCAAUAACAAAAGAACAAAUUGUACGCAUAUCAAUGUUUAUGUAUGUAUGUAUGUAUGUAUUCAAAUAUGCUUUAAGCAAUGCUUUUGCAUACAUAUGUACAUAAUGCACUCUUAUGCAGUUUUUAUAUAUUUUUUGCGCCAUAAGUCAGAAAACGAAAUGCACUCUGACCAGUAUUUUCGUAAACCCCAAGAUUUUGCGCUUCCUCGUGAGCACUCAAAUACAAUAGAUUUAUUUUUAUCAAAAAAAAAACAAAAACAAGUCACACAGCUGUCGCAAAAUCAAUUUAUGUGUAAGAAAAACAGAUUUUAACAAAUCAAAAUUAGCAAACAAUUGAAAUCAAAAUUUAUGUUUUGGAUUCAAUGAAAACAGAAGAAAGAUGAGAGUCGAGUCGAGUGAAAUCACAAGUAAAAUAAUUUACGAAUAAUAACUGUUCUCUUACAAAAACCUAAUGCACUAAAUCGUCUACUAAGUUAUUAGUUUAAGCCGAAUAGCAAUAACGAAACUAAGCCAUUUUACUUACUAAUAUUUAAGCUCUACUUAGCUGCUAGCUAUUUUGCAGUGACUAACUUGUAAUAAUAAACAAUAAUAAAAUUGUAAAGUAUUUCAUGUUUGUAAUAAUUUUAAGACUUAUUUAUUUCACAAACGCUUUUGGCAAACAACACAAACUGUGCGAUAUUGUUGUUGUGUGCAUACAUACAUACAUACAUACAAAUAAUGAAAACACUUGCAUGUAUGUAUGUAUGCAGGUGUGUAGGAAUGUGGAAAUAAAGAAAAUCAGGAGGAGUUUAUUAACGAUAGAUAACACACAUGUCUUCAUGUGAAUAAAAAUUAAAAAGCUUUAAAAUUAUAAUUAAAAAGAAAAAUAAAUACUUGUAAUUGUUAAGAUACACAGUUUUGUAAAAUAAAACUUGUUUCUAAAUUUA